CAGAAGAGGGCGCCAUGGGGCCGUUUUUGGUUUCCCUCCUUACGUCAUCCCAAAGAACCAGAAGAAGUCGUUGUUUAAAGAUGGCGCUACCCGGUGCGUUACUCGUGAGGCUAAGAGGGCUUUGCAAACUGGCCAAAUGUGUUCAUGCAGGCGGAGGAACGGCAUCUAACUGGGGCGGAGAAAUGCGGUGGUACGGGACGAAAGCUCAAAAGUUUGCCGAGCACAGCGCGUCAUGUUUCCACAGUGAACGGGGUAACGGUGAUCCCAACCUUCUGAAGGAGUUUCCAGAUCCUAAAAGCCUUCUAAACAACACCAUCUCCCGGUCGUUAGGCGUGAACGACCUGACCCAGCUCAUCCAGUACAGCUGCAUAGAACAUGCAGGCGUCAAGAAGGCCACUGUCACGCUGUUGUGGCCCUGCAAGAUUGAAGAGGAGGGUUAUGCAUCGAGGAAGAUUGAUGCAGAGCGGUUCGCUGCUGCCGCAGCCUGUCUCAAGCUCAGGGAACUGGGCGUGAUUGGUCCCAACAAUCAGCUCCCCAAGAGGAGAGCUGGCCGGGCGAGAGGAGGGCUGCAUUCCCAUCUUUAUGAGAAUGAAGACAACCGUUGGACAAAUAAUGGUUCCACCUCCAGAGCAGAGGACUUGUCCUCUCCUGUGGAAGACGUCUCCAAUGUCUCCGAAGCCCUUUCUCUCUUUCCACACCCUAAAUCUCUUCUGACCAGGGUGGUCCAGGUGGCCACUUCAUCCAGCAGAGUCCGGGAGCUAAUGCAUUUCAGAACAAUAGGCGGAAAGCUUAAAAGGUGCGAGCUGACUCUGCUUUGGCCGGAGGAGAUGACGUUCAAAGCGACGGCGAGCAGCCGAGUGAUGGCGGAGAAAAGAGCCGCAGCGCUGGCCUGCAUGAAGCUGAAGGAGCUUGAGCUUCUGGAUAAAGACAACAACCCUCUUACGCACGCAAAGUACCAUCGAGAGAAAGUAAAGGAGGCGGGAGAGAGGGAGAGGCGUCCAUUCCCACUAGAGAUUCCUGAACAUCUGGAGCAACACAUGAGGGACUACCUAACGCAGUACCCAGUUGCAACAGAAGUACAGAAACUAUGGGAGGACGAGGAGGCAGAAGGACAACAGACAGUGGAGGAAGAGGAUGAAGAGGACUACGUUUCGGACGCCAUCACCGGCAAGCCGUAUAAGCCCGUGUCCAAGCAUCAGGCUGAGUGGCUCAACCGCCGCCUGCAGGAAGAAUGGGAAACUGCGAACCCAGGACUGAGCGUGGAGCUGCCCGUCGACGCCCACCGGCAGCGGGUCGUCUCAGCCGUGCGCUCCUCCAGGGCGGUCGUGAUCGCCGGCGAAACGGGGUGUGGCAAGACGACGCGGAUCCCACGCUUCCUGCUGGAGGAGCAGGCGAGGGGCGGGGAGGGAGCCGAGUGCAACGUCCUGGUGACCCAGCCUCGUCGCAUCAGCGCCGUGUCAGUGGCUCAUCGAGUCGCCCACGAGAUGGGGCCACAUCUCAAACGCCAUGUCGGAUAUCAGGUGAGACUAGAGAGCCGACCUCCGGACUCCAGCGGCGGGUCCAUGCUCUUCCUCACAGUGGGCGUCCUGUUGAAGAAGCUGCAGUCGAACCCGACCCUGAAAGGAAUCAGUCACGUCGUCGUGGACGAGGUCCACGAGAGAGACGUAAACACAGACCUGCUGCUGGCGUUGCUGCGCUCUAGUCUGGACAAGAACCCUGACCUGCGGGUUGUGCUUAUGAGCGCCACCGGGGACAACCAGAGGCUGGCGGAGUACUUUGGAGGCUGCCCCGUCAUAAAGGUGCCGGGAUUCAUGCACCCGGUGAGGGACCGGUACCUGGAGGACGUGAUGAGGGAGAUGGGACGCUCGGCUCACGUCCACGACAAGGUUAGUGUAGAAAAGGGGUUGGACGAGGCAGCACCAGAUCUAGACUUAGUGGCUGAUGUUAUUGAGCACAUUGACAGACAUGGAGCGCCAGGUGCGGUUCUCUGUUUCCUUCCUGGGUGGCAGGACAUCAAAGCUGUUCAACAAAAACUGCAGGAUAAGCCACACUUUUCAUCAGCAGCACACAUGAUCGUCCCAUUGCACUCAAGCUUAUCUGUAGCUGACCAGCAGGUGGUGUUCCAGCGGCCCCAAGCCGGCCAGAGGAAGAUUGUACUCACCACUAAUAUAGCUGAGACCUCCAUUACAAUAGAUGAUAUAGUUCAUGUGGUGGAUACAGGAACUCACAAGGAACAGAAUUAUGACCAACGGACAAAGGUCUCUUGUCUGGACACAGUUUGGAUAUCUCGUUCUAAUGUUACACAGAGAAAAGGAAGAGCAGGGCGUUGCCAGCCGGGACAGUCGUACCACCUGUUUCCAAGGAAAUGGCUGGAAGCCAUGCCGCUCUUCCCUGUUCCUGAAAUCCUGCGCACGCCAUUGGAGAGUUUAGUGUUGCAGGCUAAAAUCCACAGUCCCAACUGCAAGGCUGUCGACUUCCUGUCCCAAGUGUUAGACAGUCCAGAGCCACAGGCCGUGAGAGAUGCUGUUCAAAUCCUCCAGGAUAUUGGAGUCCUGGACAAGACUGAAACCCUGACUCCUCUAGGAGAGCGUGUAGCCUGUAUGUCAUGUGACCCACGGCUGGGCAAAGUCCUCGUCCUGAGCGCCAUGUUCAGGUGUGUUCUGCCCAUGUUGUCUGUAGCUGCCUGUCUCACCAGAGACCCGUUCCACAACAGCCUGCAGAACAGAGCACUUGUGCAUAAGGCCAAGGAGAAGCUGAGUGGCUCCAGCCAUAGUGACUACCUGGUGUUCAGUCGAGCCGUUCUGGGCUGGAGGAAAGUCCAGCACGAGGGGGACAGGGAGGACCGAGAUGACUAUUUAGACAGAUACACUCUGUCUAAAGGCAGUCUGCGAUUCAUCAACGGUCUUAUCUCGCAGUUUAGCGACAACCUGCAGGAGGCAGGGUUGGUUUCUCGUGGCAGUGAGUGCCAACGUCAAACAUCUCUCUACAAUGAGCACAGCAACCAGGAUGAGCUGCUCAAGGCUGUGCUGCUGGCUGGGUUGUAUCCCAACCUCAUUCAGGUAAAGAAAGGCGUUAUUACCAAAGGGGGGCGCUUUCGUCCCAACAAUAUAGCCCUGCGUACGCUCAGCGGUCCGGUGCUGCUUCAUCGCUCCUCAGUGAACAGAGGAAAAGAAAACCUCCCCAGCCGCUGGCUGACCUUUUUCGGUGCGGUCAAGUCUAACGGGAAUGUUUUCAUCAGGGAUUCUUCUGCAGUUCACCCCCUUGCCCUGCUGCUGCUCACAGACUGUGACAUUUCAGAGACAGUAAAUGGCGACAAAGUGGAGGUAUCUUUUCCUGGCCGUUCUCUGGUGCGCUGCGAGCUGCCAGCUGAGACGUGGGAGCUGCUCUGGGAGCUACGCACUUCUAUUCAGACCAUGCUGUACCGAAACCUCAACAAUCCCAGCAACGCUCACAUUUCUCAAGACGGAAGCUUAAUAUCAUUACUUGUAGAGCUGCUUAACAACACAAAGUCAAACCCUUUUGUCAAUAUGUCAGGUACAGAAAGUGAGGUAGAUUAAAAAAAACAGUUUUCUGCACAUUAACUUUGCCUCGCUACCUGAUUUACAUAUUUUUGAAGCAUAUUUUAUUUUUAAAAGCACUUUAGUGAAAUGUGUUCUAAACAACUCAAGAAUGGUCAUGGUUCUAAAUCAUCGUUGGAGUUGAUGUGCCGCUGCUUCUCUGUAAAUAAACUCCAUCAGUAGAUCGAGUUAGGAAAAUCCAGCAUAUGGGUUUGGGACCUUUUUCGUUAUUCCGACUGUUUCAUUGCUUUCUGAAAAGCAGAUUUGGGUUUUACUCUGAAUAAAAACAGAGGUCUGUGAAAUUAAUUGUAAAUAUUGUAAUGUUUAUUAAAAUAUUAAAUGGA